AUGAAGUUGUCAGGCGGUGAUGUUGGUGGUGGUGGUGAGGUGAGAGAGGGGGGAAUCGAUGCCGCAUUGUCCUGUCGAAGAAGAAGACUUCGCCCCACUCGCCUGCUUGCAUCGGAGCUGGCAAGUCUGACAGAAAUGCUUACUAAUUACUUUCAAACAUGGGUCUUUUCGAGGCUACACUUGCUGACGAACAGUCCAUGCUGUUCAGUCUCUAAGUCUCGCCAGCAAACUCCACGAAGUUGCAGCCAUGAUGUUGGGGCUUGGGGAAGAAAACGAUAUGCUGUCGAUGUGAUAGAGGGUCAUCUUGCUGCCAAUCUGUUGGGACACAGAGAAAAGUCGGACCGUGCUCAGCAUGUGGUCCCUGCGUUUCACGGUACUCUCAGAAUGAGCCGAUCUUCAGCAUAG